GUUAGGGCUCCUCAUCUUAAUGAAAGUCUUACUCUCUGUCCAGCUCUGCCAACGAGUGUUCAGGAUCCCACCCUAACCAACCAAUGGCGGGGGCGGGAGUCAAAGGUUAUUCUUCUGGUAAUGUUUACUGGCAGUUGGCAGACCAACUUAAGGUGCAUUACUGCCACCUAUUCUUCCAAAAUAUCAUCUUCCACCAUCCUUUCACAUUUAAUUCACUACAACCUCACUAUGAGCACUAAAAUCCCCUGACCAUUAGCUAACAAACAUCUGGCAUUCUAUUGUUAAAAAAUAAGAGGAAACUUGGGGAAAAAAAACAUGAACACCCCUUCUUUGAAGUCUGAAUAUUUAUUCCCCCUUGUAAAACACCAUUAAUAACUUAUAGAAUACACUUUACAUACUGACGUUAAUCUAUCUGUAUUCUGGAUAUUAAUAGAUCUCAUUGACAUUCUCUUCUGUCCUUUCUGAAGAGCCUCUGCACAUGAAAUUCACAUUUCCACCUGAAUACGCUGCACUUCCACAGCUUUCUUAUAUACAGGACACCCUGCAUAAGCAGAGCUAAGUUCCUCUCCACAGUUGCUAUGUUUUGGCCUAAUCCCUUCUCCACAAUUGCCAUAAUCAUGUUCUCCAGUACAUCUACAACACUGCUUUUUACCCCUUCACAGCAGCUACAUGGUCAAACUUCUGGCACUGGAAACAUCUCAAAGGGUGCACUUGAAACAUAAAAUUCAUAUAACCUAAAUUAACCCUAACCAGCACCUUUUUUUCCAUCAAAUUUAAUUAAAGCUGUCUGCUCUUCACCGUGAAACCCUUUUAAAUGUUUCACAUCUACAACUUUUCCCUUGACUAAAUUAUAUUUAAUUUGGUCCAUGGAGAUUCUAUAGGGGCACUCCAGAGAAUACAAAGUGAUUUCAAUUGAAAUCAAGUGACAUAGGAGACAGCAGGGCUUUGCUUCCAGAUGAGCUUGAUGCCUUUUAUACUCGCUUUGAUUGUCAAAACAUGGAGGAACAUCACACACUCCCAUAUCCCCUGAUGAUUCUGUGAUUUCAGUCUCUGAGGCUGAUGUGAGAGUAUCAUUCAGGAGGGUGAACCCACGAAAAGCAUCCGGCACAGAUGGGUUACCUGUCAAGGUACUGAAGAGCUGUUCCGAUCAACUGGCUGGUGUCUUCACUGAGAUUGUUAACCUCUCGCUUCUGCAGACUGAGGUACCCACCUGCUUCAAGCAGACUUCAUAUGUACCGGUGCCCAAGAGGAACGUGGUGACCAGCCUCAAUGACUAUUGCCCAGUAGCACCUACAUCCACAGUGAUGAAGUGUUUUGAGAGGGUGGUGAUGAAACAUAUCAACUCCUGCCUGAGAAGCGACUUGGAUCUACUCCAAUUUGCCUACCGGAGCAACAGGACCACAGCAGAUGCCAUCUCAUUGGCUCCUCACUCAACCCUGGAACCUCUGGACAGCAAAGAUGCAUACAUCAGGAUGCUCUUUAUCGACUACAGCUCAGCAUUCAACACCAUCGUUCCCUCAAAACUAAUCACUAAGUUUCAAGACCUUGACCUCAAUGCCUUCUUGAGCAAUUGGAUCCUCGGUUUCUUCACUUGCAGACCCCAGUCAGCUUUGAUUGGCAACAACAUCUCCUCCACGAUCUCCAUCAGCACAGGUGCACCACAAGACUGUGCUUAGCCCCCUGAUCUACUCGCUUUACACUGACGACUGUGUGACUAACCACAGCUCUAAUGCCAUACUUAAGUUUGCUGAUUACACCACUGUCACAGCCAGAAUCAAAGGUGGUGACAAUUCAAUCAGCAUAUAGGAAAGAGAGAUUGAAAAUCUGGCUGAGUGGUGCCAUAACAACAACCUCUUGCUCAAUGUCAGCAAGACCAAGGAGCUGAUUAUUUACUUCAGGAGGAGAAACUGAAAGUCCAUGAGCCAGUCCUCAUUAAGGGAUCAGAGGUGCAGAGGAUCAGUAACUUUAAAUUAAUUGAUGUUAUUUUCAGAGGAUCUGUUCUGGGCCCAGCACUUAAGUGCAAUUACAAAGAAAGCAUGCCAGCGUCUCCAUUUCCUUAGGAGUUUGUGAAGAUCUGGCAUGAUAUCUAAAACUUAGACAAACCUCUGUAGGUUUGUGGUGGAGAGUACAUUGACUGGCUGCAUCACAGCCUGGUAUGGGGAACGUCAAUGCCCUUGAAUGGAAAAUCCUACAAAAAGUAGUGUAUAUGGCUCAGUCCAACACAGGUAAAGCCCUCCCUACCACUGAGCACAUCAGCAUGAAGCACAUGCUCUCUUCUCACAGCCGCCAUCAGGGAGAAGGUACAGGAGCCUCAGGAGUCACACCACCAGGUUCAGGAGCAGUUAUUACUCCUCAACCAUCAGGAUCUGCAACCAGAGGGGAUUGCCCCAUCACUGAAAUGUUCCCACAACCUGUGAUCUCACUUUCAAAGACUCUUCAGCUCAUGUUCUCUUUAUUUAUUGCUUAUUUAUUUAUUAUUUCUUUUUCCUUUCUUUUUGUAUUGCCACUGUUUGUUGCUUUUUGCACACUGGUUGUCUGCCCUGUUGGUGUGGUCUUUCUUUGAUUGGUUAUUGGAUUUCCUGUGAAUGCCCGCAAGAAAAUGAAUCUCAGGUUGUAUACAGCGAUGCUUAUGUACUUAGAUAAUAAAUUUACUUUGUACUUUUAUUACUUACCAAAGCCACUAUCAUUCAAUAUGGGCUGCAGACAAUAGAUCUAAAUAUUUUAAAUAUACCUCUUUCAAAUUACUCACUUCAAUCUGCAGCAUGUAAUUUCCCUCUGAGCAAUGUAUUUUUAAAUCAACUUAAUAAUCUACAGAUUUCACGAUUGCCUGAAGGACUUGGCAGACUGAGUAGGUAUACAAACCCUUGACCAAUUUCCCCCUGGGAUCAAUAAAGUAUGACUAUGACUAUGAACUUUUAAGCGGACGAAAAUUCAUCACCAUGGCCAGAAACGGGGGGGGGAGGGGCUAAAAUGCAGAGGAUGAGGACCCCUCUAUCCAGCAUCUUGCUUACAAAUAUGCAGUCACUGGAGAACAAAAUUGAGGACCUGAGGGCAAGAUUGCUGUAUCAGAGAGAAAUGAGAGACUGUUGAAUUCUAUGUUUGAAUAAAACACGGCUUUCUCACACCAUGGCAGAUACAGCGAUCGGGCCCAAAGGCUUCUCAGUUUACAGAAAUGGACUGAACAGCUGAUUCAGAAGAGGCAAAAGAACUAAGCUCCAGAGAGCAGGACCAUAAAGAGAUGGUUGCAGGAGAUAGAGGAGCGGCUAAGGGAGUGCUUCGAGUCAGUUGAGUGGGCCAUGUUUAAGGACUCGAGUGUGGAUGUGAAUGAAUACACCAUGGUGGUAAUGGACUUUAUUAAAACAGCUGUAGACGAGUGUGUCCCCACAAAUCAUUCAGACUCUCCCUCAAUCAGAAACCCUGGAUGAAUCAUGAGAGCCAGAUCAAUGGCAUUCAGGUCUGUCGACCGAGAAAGUUACAAGAGAUCCAGGUACGACCUCUGGAAAGCCAUCUCAUGGGCGAAGUGGCAAUUCCAAAUCAAACUUGAAUCAACGAAGGAUGCUUGACAGUUGUGGCAGGGCUUGAAUACCAUCACCUCUCAUAAAGUUAAAUCAAGCGACAGAGGAGACAGCAGGGCUUCGCGUCCAGAUGAGCCCAAUGCCUUCUAUGCCCACUUCGACAGUCAAAAUUUGCCCACCAAAGCAAUAGGUCUUGCUUUACAUUUAUGACUGUGUGGCUAAGUACAGCUCUAAUGCCAUGCAAAGAAAGUACGGCAGCAUCUUUACUGCUUUUGGAGUUUGCAAAGAUCCGGCAUGACAUCUAAAACUUUGACAAACUUCUGUACAUGUGUAUUGGAGAGUAUAUUGACUGGCUGCAUCAUAGCCUGGUAUGGGAAUGCCAAUGUGCUUGAAUGGAAAAUCCUACAAAAAGUAGUGGAUAUGACCCAGUCUGUGAUGGGUAAAGCCCUUUCCAUCAUUGAGCACAUCUAUACUGAGCAUUGUCACUGGAAAGUGGCACCCAUCAUCAGGGAUAUGUUCCCUUCUCGCUGCUGCCAUUAGGAAGAAGGUACAGGAGCCUCAGGACCCCCACCACCAGGUUCAGGAACAAUUGUUACCCCUCAACUGUCAGGCUGUUGAACCAAAGGAGAUAACUUCACUCGCCCCAUCAUUGAAAUGUUCCCACAAACAAAGGACUCACUCUGAAGGACAUUUUCAUCUCAUGUUCUCGAUAUUUAUUAUUUAUUAUUAUUUCUUUUUGUAUGUGCGCAAUUUGUUGCCUUCUGCACUCUGUACAGCUGGAUGGCCUUUGAUUGCUUCUGUUAUGGUUAUUAUUGUAUAGAUUUAUCGAGUUCGCCCACAAGAAAAUGAAUCUCAUGGUCGUCUGUGGUGCCAUACAAAUACUUCAACAAUAAAUUCUUAACCUACUCAGAUGUAUAUGAGAAACUGGUCCACAUUCAAAAGUCAGAAAUACCUUUAAAUCUUCCUUCUUUUAAGUCAUGUCCAUUACCUUCAUCACUGGAUUAUAAACCACUACACUCCUCAAUUGGCCGUUCCCCUUCCUCCUUUCACACAGUACCAUACCCCGUCCCGUUACUUCGAUCGCUUCACCACUUACUAACUAGCACCAAUUACCCUAGUUUCAUCUUCGAUGGCUAUUGGAGGGGCGCUUCCCUUACACUAAUCUGUGCUCUCGGUCAAUACAGAGGGCCUAGGAUAACAGUCAAUAGAAAAGCACGAUUUGCCUCGCAUCGCAUCCAAAAACAUGUCGACGUCGACCCCAAAUCGCGACUACUCGGGGAACCACACUUCCCCGUUAUUGGCCAAUAGUCAGCCGGCUCCCUCUUGGUGGCAAUGGCAAGUAGCGGCGACCCCGGUCAUAGCCCGUGGUCAGCUAUAACAUCCGACGCUCCGGGAGGCAAUGCCGUCUCGGUUUGGGGAUCGGAGGUCACGUGGGGAGGACGGUGGCGCGUGAGCAGAGGGGUAGGGUUCGAUUGCUGGGGGCUCUAAGGCAGACGUUGGCGACGGUUGGAGUUCUAAUUUUUGAAUUACCGUCUCGCCCUGCUGCAGUUUCGUCCGGUCCGCCUUGAUUUACUCACCGUAGCACUGUGCGAGGGUGAGAGCAGUUUGAAGGGAGCUAAGAAUUAGGGUUUGAGUGGGAGGAAAGACUAGGGGAUUUGUCGUGAGCGAGGAGCUUAGAUGGAGAGCAGGAGUUAUUGGUGAGGUUUUCCAAGGUGGGUGAAAGAUAGACUGAAUAUUCUCUCCCCCUCUUCCCACCUGCCAAAGGUCUCCCUUCUGACCCUCAACCCACUCCCCACCGUUUUAUUUGCUCCCUUCUACCUUUUGGCCCAAGAUUGACUGCCCCAAUCCCUCACCCCUCUCUCCCUGACUUCUGAUUCGCCCCUUCCCUGACUUUUGAUCCAAUUCCUCUCUCCCUGACCUCUCAUUCACCCCUUCCCCAACCUUUGAUCCAACCCCCUUCUUCCCUGACCUCUGACCUGCCUUCCAGCUCCCUCCAUGCCCUAUAUGAUCCUCCCAUCCUCUUACCCUUCCUGACACUUAACAUCUGGCAUCCUUGCCUUCAGCCCAAUUCCCAUCUGACAAGCCCAACAAGCACCACCCCACCAUCCCUAACCUGAUCCAUGUAUAUGCUCCCCUUCUGAUCUCUGACUCUUUUCUGAUCCCUGACCCUUAAUUUAAAUCCUUCGAUCUUAUUCUCGCAAGCUUAGCACCAGUCUGAGCCCCUUUCCUCUUCUCUCUCUUGAGCCACUUCCACUCUUCCCACAAGAUUCCCUCUGAAACCAUGGCACCUUUCUUCACACCUGAAAAUCCUCUCCCCCCCCCACACACACACUCCUGACCUGUAGACAGUGGAGAGGUAAAUGUGGUGGAUGUGGGCCAGAAGCAGGUUUGGAUUUCAGAUGUGUGUAUACCACUCAGUUUAGCUGUGGCCAACACCACCUGCCUCAGCCCCACCACGCCCCUCGUUUUUUUACAGAAACAGGCUGUUUGGUCCACAAUGUCCAUGCUGUUCCCAUUUUUCUGAGCCACCAGUCCAUCCCCUUCUCUGCCUUGAUAAUUCUGCCACUGGUGCAGAUACUACACUGGUACGAUUUCACUACUUCAACAAGUUAAGACACAUACAAUCAUAGAAAACCUACAGCACAAUACAGGCCCUUUGAUACCCACAAAGUUGUGCCAUACAUGUCCCUACCUUAGAUAUUACUAGGCUACCCAUAGCCCUCUAUUUUUCUAAGCUCCAUAUACCUAUCCAAAAGUCUCUUAAAAGACCCUAUCGUAUCCACCUCCAACACCAUUCCACGCACUCACUACUCUGCGUAAAAACCUUGUGGAUCAUUGUAGAUGUGAGCAGAGAAAUGGCAGUUCUGUUCCCCCCAUUACCUGAGUGGAAUGGUGGCUUUGGAGACAGUAUAAAAGUGGUUUCCAGGAUCCUCGCACAAGAGUUUCUACAAAUGCUGGAAAUCUGUAACAAUACACAAAUUGCUAGAGGAGCAGCAGGUUACUCUAUGAUCCACUCUCCUCUCCUGUCAGAUUUCUUCUUCAGCCCUUUGCCUCUUCCACCUACAGAACUUUGCAAAAUUUUAUGGUAGUGUGCCUGAGAAUGUUGUUGGAAAUGGUGAGGCUGGAGUGCUGCUGGAAGGGUGUGGGACAGGUAGCAGAGAGGAAUGCCAGGGGCUGGAGUGGUGCUGGUGUAGGCACACCCACCCUGAGACACCAGGCAAGUUUAUUUGAUUCCAAACAAUUGGUUUACUGAUAAUCACUCUGAGCAGCUGCUUGGCUUGUUCUAGGUCUAGGUUUCCUGCUCGGCCUGCAGAGGUGUGGCCUCCCCUGGGCUAGCAGCCAAGGAAGGGGAAUGCAGAUAUCCACACUCUUCGCACCCGGGGGCAGCCAUCUAGCCUUACUUCCACAGCCAGCAACUCUGCACAAAGCUGCCUACAGCUGGCUGGGAGUUUUUCUCCACUGCAGGCAUAUUCCCCCCCUUCCCCAGAACCAGGGGCAGGAGUUUCAUCACACAGUCAUGGUCACUCCCCCUCCCCCUGUGGUCAGGAUCCCGUAGAGGGAGCUGGGGUCUGGACCAUAGUGUCAGUGCCUUGAUUGAUGCUAGAGUGCAGAGUUGGGGGACGUGCACUGGGAGGACAGGGAGUGGCUGGAGACAGGGUUCAGAGGGCGGGGUCCAGUGGCUUGUCUCCACACUAGCGGGGGCUGCGUGUGGUGAAGGGAGUAGGUGGAGGGGAGGGAGCAGUGAGUGCACCAGCCAACCUCUGUGUGUCCAGCUAAUGUGAUGUCACUCCUCCUCUCCCCUACCCCGCUCCAUCCCAUUGCAGGUAGCUAGUGAUGGAAGAGGUGCAGCGCGAUGGACCUAGCAGUGUGGAGACGGGGACAUCCAACCCCACCACCAUCCAGCAGCAGGACAUAGAGCCAACCCAGAAGGAGCCGGUGCAGUCGGAAAGUGAGUAUUUCCAGGAACCAUUGAAUGAAGUGUCCUCUUCGCAGAAGUCCCAUGAGUUACUCCCCAGUUGCUCAUCGUACAGGAAGUUGCUGGAUGAUUUGUCAUCGGAAGACGCAACGACCACGGAGAAUGACAAAGGGAACAAGGAGGCCAAAGCCACUCCCCUCACCACCUUGCCGGUCCCUCUACCUUUCUACCAAACCAAUACUGGACCGUACGUUACCCUCACUCCAAGUGGCACCAUCCAGCUGGCCAAUAUGAGGGAUGAAGGUGUCCAUGGUCUGCAGGCACUCGCAGUGCCCAACGCCAGUGGUGCGCAGCCAGGGACUGCCAUUUUACAAUACACACAGACAACAGAUGGGCAGCAGAUCCUGGUCCCCAGCAACCAAGUUGUAGUGCAAACUCCCUUGGGGGACGUCCAGGCCUACCAGAUCCAGGCCACCGCAACCACCAACUCCUUGCCACAGUCGGUGAUGAUGACUUCGCCCAUCACCCUCCAACCACAGGCCAUCAAGACUGACGAUGCCACGCUGAAGCGGGAGAUCCGGCUGAUGAAAAACAGGGAGGCUGCAAGAGAGUGCCGCAGGAAGAAGAAGGAAUAUGUGAAGUGCUUGGAAAACCACGUGGCAGUGCUUGAGAACCAGAACCAGAUUCUAAUUGAGGAGUUGAAGAACCUGAGGGACUUUUACAGUCACAAAACCACCUAAGCACUUUGUCAAACCCUGAACCCUGAACCCUGAACCCUGAACCCUCCCCAAAUAGGGCUCUCUGACUGGAAGGGCAUGGGUGCUGUUUUUAGAAACUACAAUUUAAAGAUGCAUUGAAAGAACUAAGGUGUAGGCAGGGGAUCCGGCUGUGGCUCUGGAUUCUCUGGACCGGCACCUCUUCUGGAGUAAGGAAGGGAGUGCCCCGUGGAGAGAGAGGGAAGGACCCUCAGUCACUGGACCAACUUCAUCAGUCACCUUCAGCAGACUUUGUUUCAACCCCCCACCCACCCCUCAU